AUGGAUGACCCAAGUAGCAGUAGUCAUGAUAUAAUUAAUUGUCUCAAUUUUAACCAAACUGGGACUUGUGUUUCCAUGGGUACAUCCAAAGGAUUUAAAAUCUACAACUGUGAACCCUUUGGAGAGUUUUACUCUGAAGAUACAGGAGGCAUCAAAGAUGUAGGACAUGCAGGGAAUAAACAAGUCAACAGAAAUGGAGGUUAUAGUAUUGUGGAAAUGUUAUUUUCAACCUCUUUAGUGGUCCUUGUAGGUAAUGGUGAUCAACCUGAAUACUCACCUCGGAAAUUGAAAAUUGUCAAUACAAAGAAACAAACAAUUAUUUGCCAGAUAACGUUCCCAACUCCUGUUAAAGGUGCUAAAUUGAAUAGAUCGAGAUUGGUGGUUUUAUUGAGUCAUCAAAUAUAUGUUUAUGAUAUAAAAACUUUGAAAUUGAUCCACCUUAUUGAAAUGGAUUCAAAUUUUAGAUCUGUUCUUGCUGUAUCAUCUGAUCCUCAGCGGAACCUUAUGGCGUUCCCUUCAUCGAUUAACAUACUGCUGAAUUCAAGGAUAGUUAAAGAUGAUGUCAUCAUAUCUGACAGUAUCAACAUUGUCUCGGGAAAAGAUGGCAUUCAAAAUUCCACAACCAAGAGCAACAAAAAAAAUCAAAAUGCUCGAGAGGUGAAAGGUGAUAUAGUCAUUUAUGAUCUGGAUAAUUUACAACCUCGAAGUGUAAUAGAAGCACAUGAAUCUGAAAUUUCUUGUCUGGUAUUUAGUUCAGAUGGAAUUAUGAUUGCAACUGCUUCAAUUACUGGAACUAUAAUACGGAUAUUUGACACCAAAAAUGGGAAGAAAUUACGCCAAUUUAGAAGAGGUACAUAUACUACUCGAAUAAUAUCCAUGUGUUUUAGUGGAGAUAAUAGUUACCUGUCAAUAAGCUGUCUAAAUGGAACAGUUCACAUCUUUAAGAUACAAGAUUUGCGAGACCCUAAUUUACAAGACCAAGUUGAUAAAGAAGAAAUUACGAUCCCAUAUGUAGACACAUCAAGAAAUACCAUUGCCAGGAUAUUAAGGAAUACUUCGCAACACUUAUCGCGAAUGGCUGUUGAAACGUUGGAUCCCGUUUUACCAUCGCAAUUCGUGAUCGAAUCAACUAGACAUUUUGCAAGCUUCAAACUUCCUCCUCGAGAAGAAAAUUAUCCAAUAAGCGCUGUUUCUAAUGGGCCCAAUAUAGAAAUGAACUCAACUGAGUACCUCAAGUUGUUGGGAAACAAUAAGGAAGGUAAUCCUCAAUUGACAGAGUCUGUUACAUUAGCUUCAGUACUUAUAGCUGAUUGUCGAGGCUACUUCUCGAGAUAUAUAUUUGAUCCGAAUAGAGGUGGGGAUUGCGUUUUGUAUUCGCAGUAUGAACUCUCUGUAUAG